CGCGCGUUCUAAGCCAGCGACACUCCAACUCACCCUUCAACUGGCAGACACGCCGUUAUUUACACCUCUGCAGCCCACUGCCGCUGCCCCGCGCAGAAGAGCGUCGCGUCGCCGGAAUACCGCCGCUCCAAACAGCAUAUCUGGCCGCCUAGAGCGCCGCAUACGGAAGACACCUCACAUUCCCGCGGACCCCCGAACACUGGAUAGAGAGUCCUAGAGGGCUUCAGGGUGCUUCGCACAUGCCGCAGAGAUAGCUUAAGCCACCCGACCUUCCUCCGCCUCUCGCAUACGCCCCCACUCACUCAUGAGCCAUGGCGGCCCCCCAUCUAUACCACCAGCCAAAUGCCCCCGACGACGAUUCCGAUCUAGAGCUAGACCUCGACGAACUCGACCCGCUUGCCGCCAACUCGCAAUCUGCAGCAUCUCCGCCCCGCCGCCACUCCAAGGAACACCGGAAGCCAUACCAUGAGCUGGGCGCACGAAUACCGCUGAGAAAUCUGAGGGUAGGCAGACUGCGGGGGAAUAGGAGACAGGAGCCGGAAGAGGAGGAUCUGAGGGGUCUGAUAGACGACGAUGAUGCGGCACACAGGCAUUCUAACGGCAGCUUUGGUCAGUCUGGGAACGAUGAUGCGCCGCUGCUGCCCUCACUUACUCCAGGGAGACGACACCAGCGGGCGCCCAGCACUCUGUCACGAUUCGCUUCCACCAUCAGACUUCCGAGCUUUCUAGGUACAUCCGCGCCGAAUACGCCAGGCAUACAGCUAGGGCAGGGAGGGCGAGGCGACUCUGAUGCGGAGGAGGAGCAUGACCCUACCGGCCAACGGACCGUCGCCGUCGGUCAAGCGCAGACCUCACGGUUCCCUGCCAACGCCGUCUCGAACGCAAAGUACACGCCCUGGAGCUUCCUGCCACGCACCCUGUAUAACGAAUUCUCCUUCUUCAUUAACAUGUACUUUCUGCUUGUAGCACUAUCGCAGAUUAUACCCGCCUUGCGCCUCGGUUACCUUUCGACAUACAUUGCACCCCUGGCGUUUGUCAUUUCGGUCACUCUGGGGAAGGAGGCUCUCGACGACAUUGCGAGACGGCGGAGGGAUGCUGAAGCGAACUCCGAGGGCUAUACUGUUCUGAGAUUUGAGGACAACAGCGUGGGCAAUGGCGUUGCGCCGGGGAAGAGUGCGAGCAAGAAGCGGAGGUUAAAGAAAGCGCAAAGAGGCAGCGGAGGCCGGUUGACUGAUAUAGAAGAUGAGGAGCAGCGUCUGGGCACUACGAAAGGCAUACCAACGGCCAAUUACUGGGAAGUCACGAAACCGUCGCGGAAUCUCAAGGUGGGUGAUGUGGUAAAGCUUGGCAAAGAUCAACGAGUGCCCGCCGACAUGGUGAUCCUCAAGAGUUAUUCUAACGAGGGCACCCCUCCGGUAACCGCUAAACCUGACAUCGUCGAUGGCUCCCCGACUCUUGUGCCUGAAGAGGCCCACGGCAAUUCUGACGCUGGAGCAAGAAAGACCAAUGCGGCAACUACCGGAGCAUCCGGAGAGGCCUUCAUCCGAACAGAUCAGUUGGAUGGUGAGACCGACUGGAAGCUGCGCUUAUCCUCUCCCCUGACGCAGAAUCUGGACUUGGGAGAAUACACUAGGUUGCGAGUUGUUGCUGGCAGGCCGGACAGGAAGGUCAACGAAUUCUACGCGACUGUCGAGCUUCAGCCGAAGCGCAAGCACCAGUACGAUCCCCACGAGCGAGAGGAGCAGCCUGCAACGGAGCAAAUUCAGUCAGCGCCGCUCAGCAUCGAUAAUACGAUCUGGGCGAACACUGUGCUUGCUUCUAGCUGCCAAGUGCUUGCCGUUGUCGUCUACACUGGCCCACAAACGCGUCAAGCCCUGUCAACAUCACCGUCGAGAUCUAAGACCGGCCUGUUGGAGUUGGAAAUUAACUCCUUGACAAAGUUUCUCUGCAUCUUUACCCUCUCCCUGUCGUUUGUUCUCGUUGCUCUGGCUCGGUUCCGCGAAAUCGACGGCCGCCAGUGGUAUGUCUCUAUGAUGCGGUUCUUGAUUCUGUUCUCCACUAUUGUGCCGGUUGGCCUGCGAGUCAACCUGGAUAUGGGCAAAUCGGUCUACGCAUGGUUCAUCGAGCAUGAUCAGAGCAUCAGCGGCACGGUGGUACGAACAAGUACUAUUCCGGAGGAUUUGGGCCGGGUCGAGUACCUCUUGAGCGACAAGACAGGUACCCUGACCCAGAACGAGAUGGAGAUGAAGAAGAUACACGUCGGCACGGUUUCUUAUGCCAAUGAAGCAAUGGACGAAGUCUCGUCAUAUGUGCACCAAAGCCUUACCACUCCCGCGGGAGAGGCUCCCUCUUUUGUCACACCUUCUUCCGCGUACAUUGCUCCUCUCACUUCAGCAACGCGCACCCGGAGAGAGAUUGGAUCCCGCGUCCGCGACGUUGUCCUCGCCUUGGCCCUCUGCCACAACGUCACGCCUACCACUGAAGAGGUGAACGGAGAAACGGUUACCACGUACCAGGCUUCAUCUCCCGAUGAGAUUGCCAUUGUUCGCUGGACGGAAAACGUCGGCCUCAGGCUCUUACAGCGCGAUCGAGAAUCGAUGACGCUCCAGUCUUGCGAGACCGGGAACGUUGUCGUUCGAGUUCGUAUCCUGAAUUUAUUCCCGUUCACAUCGGAAGGCAAACGAAUGGGCAUAGUAGUACGCUUUUCCCAUGGACCCGUUUCAUCAGCGUCUUAUGAAGAUGGCGAGAUUUGGUUCUAUCAAAAGGGCGCUGAUACUGUCAUGAGUUCUAUUGUGGCUGCCAACGACUGGCUAGACGAAGAGACGUCGAACAUGGCAAGAGAAGGCCUUCGAACCCUUGUCGUAGGGCGUAAGAAGCUGUCCGAGCAGACGUAUCAAGAGUUCUCGACCAAGCAUGCGCAAGCGUCUCUGGCAUUGCACAACCGCGAUAACGCCGUCGCCGAUGUGGUCAAGGAAUACCUUGAGCAUGACCUAGAGCUCCUUGGUGUCACUGGCGUUGAAGACAAGCUGCAGAAGGAUGUCAAACCGUCGCUAGAGCUUCUCCGUAAUGCUGGGAUCAAGAUAUGGAUGUUGACUGGAGAUAAAGUAGAGACUGCUCGCUGUGUCGCCGUAAGCUCCAAGCUGGUCGCACGCGGGCAGUAUGUGCAUACUAUUGCGAAGAUGAAACGCAAGGAUCUUGCACGUUCUUCCCUAGAUUUCUUGCGCGGCAAAACCGACGCCUGUCUCCUCAUCGACGGCGAAUCCCUCGCUUUAAUGCUAAACUACUACCGCCAAGAAUUCAUCUCCAUCGCUGUCCAGCUCCCCGCCGUCGUCGCCUGCCGCUGCUCGCCGACUCAAAAAGCCGACGUCGCCCGCCUCAUCCGUGAACACACCAAGAAGCGCGUCUGCUGCAUCGGCGACGGCGGCAACGACGUCUCCAUGAUCCAAGCUGCCGACGUCGGCGUCGGCAUUGUUGGGAAAGAAGGCCGCCAGGCCUCCCUCGCCGCUGACUUCUCCAUCGAGCAGUUUUGCUACCUCGUCAAACUGCUCGUCUGGCACGGCCGCAACAGCUACAAACGAUCCGCCAAGCUCUCCCAAUUCGUCAUCCAUCGCGGUCUCAUCAUUUCCAUCUGCCAAACUGUCUACUCCAUCGCCUCGUCCUUCGAGCCUAACGCCCUUUACAAAGACUGGCUGCUCGUCGGCUACUCCACCAUAUACACCAUGGCGCCCGUCUUCUCGCUCGUACUCGACCGCGACGUCGACGAGUCCGUCGCAAACCUCUACCCAGAACUCUACGCCGAGCUCAAACUCGGCCGCUCCCUCUCCACAAAGUCCUUCCUCAUCUGGGUCCUCGUCUCUAUCUACCAAGGCUCCAUGAUCCAAGGCCUGUCUCAGCUCCUCGUCGGCGUCGGUAACGACGACACGCUCAUCUUCAAGAAAAUGGUCUCCGUCUCCUUUACCGUGCUCGUUAUGAACGAGCUCAUCAUGGUGGCCAUGGAAGUUACCACCUGGCAUUGGAUCAUGGUUGCUUCUAUCUUCGGCACAGCGGGAAUUUAUUUUGGCAGCAUUCCGUUUCUAGACAGGUAUUUUGAGCUUGCGUAUGUGAGUAGUCUGGCUUUUUGGUGGAAGUUUGUCGUCGUCGCGAGUGUGAGUUUGGUGCCGCCGUAUGCGGGGAAGAUACUGGGGAGGACGUUGAAGCCGCCAAGUUAUCGGAAGGUGCAGGGUGUGUGAGGGAGGGGAUUAUCCAUUUUUGCUUUGGGGUUGGGUUGAGUGCAUAGCGUUUCUUGUAUUGGAUGUUUUGUUACGAUCUCUUAUCUAUAUUCAUCCAUUCUUAGGGUCUCAGUUUCUAGGCGUAAAGCCUACCCUAGGCCGCCUCCGAUACGGUGAUGAUGGAGGUCGUCGUCGGUAAGCCUGAAGGCCCUUCAACACCUCACAACAAAC